ACUAACUCUUCUACACACCAGCUGGGGCCAGGUGGUGUGGUGGUGGUGGUGGUUCUCAAGACUCGUUCACCCACUCUCCCUCCUACCCCAUGCCGGCUGCUCGACCCUCGCUGGCUAGUCUCUGAGCCUCCACCCGCCUAGGUCUCUCGCCUCCCUUCCCUCCCCUCAGCCCAACAUGUAUCCUGAAGGCACGUGUUGGCAGUGGGUACGAGGCCAGAUGCCCAGUGACUGCAGGAGGAUGGGGGAGGCGCCGAAGGUACAGGUGGAGGGGAGCGACCCAAGAAGGAGGUACCAGGUCACUCUUAUGGGCGGAGCAAGAGUCGGCAAGUCUACGAUAGUGUCCCAGUUUCUGUAUGAUAAGAUCAUCACCAACUACAAGCCCACGGUGGAGGAGUUUCAUCGCGGCGAGUACGAGAUCGAAGGGGAGACACUAAUCCUCGACCUCCUGGACACAUCGGGGUCGCACCAGUUCCCGGCGAUGCGCGCGCUGGCCAUCAGACAGUCCAACGCCUUCCUCCUCGUCUACGCCAUCGACAAUGCUGGCUCCUGGGACCUUAUCACGACCCUUAGAGACGAGAUCAUGAAAAUCCGAGGCUCCGAGGUUCCCAUUGUGGUGGUGGGCAACAAAAGCGACCUUGAGGCACGCCGCGUUGUCUCCCGAGCCACGACGCAGGCGCGAGUGGAGCUGGACUGGAACAACGGCUACAUGGAGACUUGCGCCCUCCAGCCCGACUCUGUCCUCGCGCUCUUCAAGAAAGUCCUCCACCAAGGCCAGAUCCGCUACAGACUCAGCCCCGCCGUGGAGAGGAGGCGGAAGUCCUUACCUACCUACACGCAGAAACAGAAGCAGGACAAGUUCUUCUUCAAACGUCACUCGUGCAACGUUUCCUAGACGAUGAACGUUACCCUGGG